AGAAAAACCCUAAACCCCUUUUUCACUUUGUUUGCUGUUCCGGUCAUCUCUCGCGACGAUGAAUACCUCCCAAGCAACUCGUGCGGCUCUGUUCCUAAACGGUUCGAAUAGACAAGCAAUGCUUUUGCAGAGAUGCCAGAGAAGCUCAACCAGUCAAUUGUGGGGUUCUGUUGGAAUGAGAACUUCACGGCUGUCUCUGAAUCGAACUAAAGCUGUUAGCUUGAGAUGUUCUGCUCAACCUAAUAACCCUAAAGCAGCUGUUUCUACUGGUUCUUUUGUUUCUGCUGAUGAGCUACCGAGCUUGGUUGAGAAACCUGCUGCUGAGGUUAUCCAUUUCUAUCGCGUGCCUUUGAUUCAAGAUAGCGCGAACGCGGAACUCCUCAAGGCGGUUCAAACCAAAAUCAGCAACCAGAUUGUCAGUUUGACCACAGAACAGUGUUUCAAUAUUGGGCUUGAAUCGAAGUUAAAAGACGAAAAGCUUUCUGUUCUGAAGUGGAUUCUUCAAGAAACAUAUGAGCCAGAGAAUUUAGGUACGGAUAGUUUUCUUGAGAAGAAGAAGCAAGAAGGACUCCAUGCUGUAAUUGUUGAAGUUGGUCCCAGAUUGUCUUUCACAACAGCAUGGUCCACCAAUGCUGUUUCGAUAUGUAGAGCAUGUGGGUUAAACGAGGUGACUCGCUUAGAAAGGUCGAGGAGGUAUCUUUUGUUCAGCAAGGAGCCACUGUUGGAAAAUCGGAUUAAGGAAUUUGCUGCAAUGGUUCAUGAUAGAAUGACUGAGUGCGUGUACGCUCAGAAACUUAUUUCAUUUGAGACAAAUGUGGUUCCGGAGGAAGUGAAGUAUGUACCUGUGAUGGAGAAGGGUCGGAAGGCGCUGGAAGAAAUCAACCAGGAGAUGGGUUUAGCCUUUGACGAGCAAGAUUUGCAAUAUUAUACUAGACUUUUCAGAGAGGACAUUCAGCGUGAUCCUACCAAUGUGGAGCUAUUUGAUAUCGCCCAAUCCAACAGCGAGCACAGUCGACACUGGUUCUUUGCUGGGAACAUGGUUAUUGAUGGAAAGCCAAUGGAUAGGUCUCUUAUGCAGAUUGUAAAGAGCACUUGGGAGGCAAAUCGAAAUAACUCUGUCAUUGGGUUUAAGGAUAACUCUAGUGCUAUUAGAGGCUUUCUGGUGAACCAGCUACGGCCUCUACUUCCUGGUUCUGUGUGCCUACUUGAUGUCAGUGCACGUGAUCUCGACAUAUUGUUUACUGCUGAGACCCAUAAUUUCCCUUGUGCUGUGGCUCCUUAUCCUGGUGCUGAGACAGGUGCUGGAGGUCGAAUCAGGGAUACACAUGCAACAGGAAGAGGUUCUUUUGUGGUUGCAUCCACUUCUGGUUACUGUGUUGGUAACCUUAACAUGGAGGGAUCUUAUGCUCCAUGGGAAGACUCGUCUUUCCAAUACCCAUCAAACCUAGCCUCACCUCUACAGAUACUCAUCGACGCUAGUAAUGGUGCAUCUGACUAUGGGAACAAAUUCGGAGAGCCCAUGAUUCAGGGAUAUACCAGGACUUUUGGAAUGAGACUGCCAAGUGGGGAUAGACGAGAAUGGUUGAAGCCGAUUAUGUUCAGUGCAGGGAUUGGACAGAUUGAUCAUACUCAUAUAACUAAAGGGGAGCCAGAGGUUGGGAUGCUUGUUGUUAAGAUUGGUGGACCUGCUUACCGCAUUGGUAUGGGAGGAGGAGCAGCUUCGAGUAUGGUUAGUGGUCAGAAUGAUGCAGAGCUUGAUUUCAAUGCUGUGCAACGUGGAGAUGCUGAGAUGUCCCAGAAGUUGUACCGUGUUGUCCGUGCUUGUAUUGAGAUGGGUGAGAAGAAUCCCAUUAUCAGCAUUCAUGAUCAAGGUGCUGGUGGAAACUGCAAUGUUGUCAAAGAGAUUAUUUAUCCACAGGGUGCAGAGAUUGACAUAAGAGCGGUUGUUGUGGGUGAUCAUACUAUGUCGGUGUUGGAGAUUUGGGGAGCAGAAUAUCAAGAGCAAGAUGCGAUUUUGGUGAAAGCUGAGAGCCGGGAGAUUUUGCAAUCGAUCUGUAAGAGGGAAAGGCUUUCGAUGGCUGUGAUUGGAACAAUUAAUGGGGGAGGUCGCUGUACUUUAAUUGACAGCACAGCUGCAGCGAAGUGCAGUAAAGAAGGGCUACCUCCACCUCCACCUGCUGUGGAUCUUGAACUCGAGAAGGUUCUUGGUGAUAUGCCUAAGAAGACGUUUGAGUUCAACCGCAUUGCUUAUGCACGGGAGCCACUUGAUAUUGCUCCUGGGAUUACGUUGAUGGAUUCUUUGAAAAGGGUUCUGCGAUUACCAUCAGUUUCUUCGAAGCGGUUCUUGACAACCAAAGUUGAUAGAUGUGUCACAGGUCUUGUUGCCCAGCAGCAAACAGUUGGACCAUUGCAGAUCACACUUGCUGAUGUUGCAGUUAUUGCUCAGACAUUCACAGAUCUAACAGGUGGUGCAUGUGCCAUUGGCGAGCAACCGAUCAAAGGCUUGCUUGAUCCAAAAGCCAUGGCUAGACUAGCUGUUGGAGAGGCCUUAACAAAUCUGGUUUGGGCAAAGGUCACUGCACUUUCUGAUGUUAAAGCCAGUGGUAACUGGAUGUAUGCUGCCAAGCUUGAAGGAGAAGGAUCAGCGAUGUAUGAUGCUGCGAUUGCUCUAUCUGAAGCAAUGAUCGAACUUGGCAUUGCAAUUGAUGGUGGAAAAGACAGUCUUUCAAUGGCAGCUCAUGCCGACGGUGAGGUUGUUAAAGCUCCAGGAAAUCUUGUGAUUAGUGCCUAUGUUACCUGUCCAGACAUAACAAAGACAGUGACUCCGGAUCUGAAGCUCGGAGGUGAUGAUGGUAUUCUCUUGCAUGUUGAUUUGGCAAAGGGAAAGCGGAGAUUAGGUGGAUCUGCACUGGCUCAGGUUUUCGGUCAGAUUGGAAACGACUGUCCUGAUCUUGAUGAUGUUCCAUAUCUGAAAAACGUUUUUGAGGGCAUUCAAGCUCUCAUUGCAGAAAACUUGGUAUCUGCUGGACACGACAUCAGUGAUGGUGGACUAGUUGUAACAGCUUUGGAAAUGGCUUUUGCUGGAAACAAAGGUAUAAAUCUCGACUUGGCUUCGAAUGGAAUUAGCCUUUUUGAGACUUUGUUUUCUGAAGAACUUGGUCUCGUGAUGGAGAUUAGUAAGACAAACUUAGACGCUGUGAUGGAAAAACUCCGUGGUUUCAAUGUUACUGCUGAGAUCAUUGGAAAUGUCACUGAUUCGCCUAUGAUAGAGGUAAAAGUGGAUGGGAUUACUCAUUUGAGUGAGAAAACUUCAUUCCUCAGAGACAUGUGGGAAGACACCAGUUUCCAGCUGGAAAAGCUGCAAAGAUUGGCAUCUUGUGUAGAGAUGGAGAAAGAAGGUUUGAAGUUUAGACAUGAGCCUAAUUGGAAACUCUCAUUUACUCCUUCCUCGACCAACAAUAAAUAUAUGUCUCAAGAUGUUAAGCCAAAAGUAGCAGUGAUCCGAGAGGAAGGCAGCAAUGGAGACAGAGAAAUGUCAGCUGCAUUUUAUGCUGCCGGUUUUGAACCUUGGGACGUGACAGUGUCUGAUCUUCUAGCCGGAGAUAUCACCCUUGACCAGUUCCGCGGUAUUGUGUUUGUGGGAGGGUUCAGUUAUGCGGAUGUUCUCGACUCAGCCAAAGGAUGGGCUGCUUCAAUAAGGUUCAACGAGCCUGUGUUGAGUCAAUUUCAGGAGUUCUACAAAAGACCAGACACGUUCAGUCUUGGAAUCUGCAAUGGAUGUCAGUUAAUGGCUCUGUUAGGAUGGGUUCCAGGUCCUCAAGUUGGCGGGUCACUUGACACCUCGCAGCCGAGGUUUGUUCACAACGAAUCAGGAAGGUUUGAGUGCAGGUUCACAAGCGUGACUAUAAAGGACUCGCCAUCGAUAAUGCUGAAAGGAAUGGAGGGAAGCACUUUAGGGGUUUGGGCGGCACACGGAGAAGGACGGGCUUAUUUCCCAGACGAAGGAGUCUUGGACCAUAUGCUUCACUCAGAUUUGGCACCAUUGAGAUACUGUGAUGAUGAUGGGAACGUGACUGAAGCGUACCCUUUUAACCUCAAUGGUUCACCGUUGGGAAUAGCGGCUAUUUGUUCGCCUGAUGGGAGACAUUUGGCGAUGAUGCCUCAUCCUGAACGUUGUUUCUUGAUGUGGCAGUUUCCAUGGUACCCAACAAGCUGGGACGUUGAGAAAGCUGGGCCGAGUCCGUGGUUGAAGAUGUUCCAGAAUGCAAGGGACUGGUUAGACUCAUGUUAAGCCUGUUUUCUUAAUAUAAUUUUUAUCUGCACGAUUUUGUUGUGCAUUUGGUGUUUUGCAGUCUUUGAAAGUUUUCGACAAAUCAUGUGCUUUUAGUGAGACUUGAUGAGUGCUUUUUUGUCCUUCACUUUGUAUUCAAAUUCUGGAAAUUAAGUAUGAGUUACUCUCUUCGAUCAAUUGUGCUAUCUUGUGCCAUUUGGUACUAAGUUUGGUUUAAUCUCACUUUUAUAUCUUGUAUCCCACUUGCGCUCAAGAAAUUGACUCAUGGAUU